AUGGGUAAUGAUACUAUUGUUAAUCUAAUGACUUAUAUAAGAAACGCUGACAUGGUAAAAAAAAAAACAAUUCGAGUAGCAGCUACUAUUAUUACCGAGAACAUCACAAGGAUUCUUCUACGAGAAGGUUUUAUAGAGGAUGUUAGGAAACAUCGAGAAGAUACACGGGGGCAAGCGGUUUCUUGGUAUUCUGCUGGUGCUUGUGGAUUCAAAGGUACAAAAAGACGUUCACCAUUUGCUGCUCAGACUGCAGCAGCAAAUGUUGUUGAUACCUUAGUAAAUCAAGGUCUUCUGAAAGAAGCAGAAGUUAUGAUAAGUGGCCCUGGUCCGGGGAGAGAUACAGCAUUACGAGCCAUUGCUCAAAGUGGUAUACAAUUAAGUUAUGUACGUGAUGUAACUCCUAUGCUACAUAACGGAUGUAGACCUCCCAAAAGAAGACGUGUAUAA